AUGAUAAUAUUAGGAUCCGGUGGACACACAGCCGAGAUGCUGCGGGUCGUGAAGCAUUUGAACCUGGAGAAUUAUUCGCCCAGGGUGUACAUUCGUGCUCAGACUGAUAAGCUCAGUGCGGAGAAGGUCAGGGAUCUGGAAGAUGGCAAUGAGGAUUACAAAGUUGUAGAGAUUUACAGAAGCCGGGAAGUUCGACAGUCGUACCUUACGUCAAUUUGGACCACUGUGUUUGCCACUUUGAAUUGUCUUCCAAUUUUGUGGAGGGAAAAUCCAGGGCUCAUUUUAUGCAAUGGUCCUGGCACUUGUGUCCCAUUGUGCAUCAUAGCAUUUUUAUUUAGAGCAUUAUGUAUCACACAGAACGUUAUUGUAUUUAUAGAAAGUUUCUGCAGAGUCAAAAGUUUCUCCUUGACAGGGAAGAUCUUGUAUUAUUUAGCUGAUCAUGUCAUUGUACAAUGGGCAUACUUAAGUAAACCCAUGUAUAGCAGAAGUGUCCUUUUAUAA